AUGACCGUGAUGGGUGCUGUGGCAACUGUCGCAAAUCUCAAGCAGCUUGUCGGUCUAAUCUUUGAAGGCAGACGAAAACUGCGCCAGCACAGGCGCAAUCGUGACGCUGAUUCCAGUACGGUGCCAAAAGAAAUAUUCCCUUAUGGCGGGGACAUAUCUGGAGCCAAUUUUCCAAGUCCAGUCAAACUCACUACUAGUGGACAUGGAAGACUGUCACUAGCAGAGUCCGAAUCGGACCCACCAACUGUGCCAGCCGCUCAAGCAGCGAGCACGACUGCGGCGGCGAAGAAUCAUCAGCUCAGGGCAUUCGAAACUUCUGCCAAUGACACAGCGUACAUUGCGGAUCACUCGAUCUUGCAGGGGGCGGCUGGUGGUGGGCGAGAACCAGAUGUCUCCAUGGGAGAGCCAUCAUUCUUGCCAGACACCCCAAAAACUCUGGCUAUGAUCCUUCAGGUAUCAGAGGCCGACAUUCUACCUGCGCAGCCCCUUCGUGGAGCUUUGAUAGACUCCUUCUUUGGAUGUCUGGCCGACGGUUUCCCCAUGAUUGAACGAGAAGAAGUUGAAUCGCCCAGAGCAUCGGUUCUGCUCCAACAAGCGGUUUGCUUCGCCGGCAGUCUUACGCGGCCAUCUAGCCCGCAAUGGUCUCUCGUCGACACAAAGACGCUGUACGAUAAAGUCAUGCUUUUGAUCUCACUGAAUUACGAGAGAAAUACUAUCACAAUUCUCAAGGCCAUGUGUCUGAUGACUCUUUGGAGUCCCAAGUCUCCUAAUCGAGCCAGCGAUUGUGUGCUAUCCAUGAUCUUUGGUCGACCCCCGCUAUUGCGAUCAGAAGACCUCGACAUUCCUGUUUUGACCAAAGACGACUACAAUGUCCUCACAAAAGGGGCGCAAGUCUUCAUGGCAGAUAUGUUGCUGGCUCGGAUCAUGGGACAGAUCGCAGAAUUGACAUCCAAGGGUUGUCUGACCCCACAACAACGGUACCAUUUCAACCAGUCUCUCAAGACAUGGGUGCGUGAUCUUCCCCCUGAAAUCCGCCUCUACACACAAGGGACCAGGAUGCCGUACCACUUCGCCAGCAUUGAGGUUCACAUAGCAUACCUUGGGACCAUUAUUCUCUUGCAGGUCCUCACGCCUGGGUCCGGGAAACAACCGAUAUGCUCAAUCACAUCGAUCAUCGCCGCUGUCACGAUGGCAGAUCUUUACGAGGACAUCCUCUGCAGGGAUCAAGCACCGUAUCUCACUGCGGUACACGGUUUCUUUUGCACAGUGGCAGCCAUUCCGUUACUACAAUACAGAGCGGCGUCACCAGAGUGGGAGACACGACGAGUUGCCAGCUUAGACGUGAUCUCCUCUGUCGUGAGCAACUUGCAGAACAAGUUUGGUGUGGCAUUUACGGCUAGUCGGAAGAUCGCUCAAUUGAAGUCUGACAGAGCAUGUGCCAUUGAGCCUCAACAUCCUGCAAUCGACACAUCUCCCCAGCCAGCCAACCGCAGGCUGGCCGCUCACGAAAUUGAUGAGCUAGAGGCGCUUUUCCCGUCAUUAGGUCACUGGUGCCCCGGCCUCGAGACCAUAGCUGCAGGUAUGGAUGCCGAGAACGUGCAGGGUUCAAUGACACCUAACAUGGGUUCCUGGAAUCUGGACACGCUUCUUCGUGAACCGAGGUCUAUCCUCGAUGAGCUGGGCGGUCCCUCCGCAUUCAUGGACACCUUGUUCGACAGCAACGACGCUUUUGGCGAUAUGGCCUUCGAAGACGCAACGGUGCAAUCGUUUGAGUCACGAGGUGACUUUCAAGUGUGA